AUGCUCCUCAUCCCCAGAAGCGGCUGUCUUGUGGACAGAUAUGGCGGUCAAAUCCGCUCUAAUGGACCCAAGAUAGUUUCCAAUGCAGGCUGGAAUUAUUCAAAACCUGCUGUUGACUUUGUAAUAUUCAUUAUCACAAUUAAAGACAGAAUCGGUCUCGAGUAUGACGCGGAAGAAAAACCAAAACUUUCAAACGGUUCGAGUGGCGGAAUAUCAAAAGCUUCAAGGGAUGAAAUGCAACAAACUCUUCAUAAUUCUACGUCCACUGUAUCAAGACGAUUUACAGACAGAAGUAACCAACUUCAAAAGUACUGCGAGGAAAAGAAACUCACGAGUAAUUGCAAGACCAGUUUUAAAAACAUGUUUUAUGUCCCUUCAAGAAAUAUUGUUUUCUGUGGUAUUGAAAAGACAGGAAGUUCUUUUUGGAGAAGAAUUCUUAGAAUAGUUGGAGGAGCGGGAGACGGGCAAUCAAAUCCCUCUCUUUUGAAAAUCGGCUAUGCCUACCAGGAAGAAGGAUAUCGUUCGUUGACGAAAGCGUCUCUGAGCGAAGUCCGGGAAAUAUUUCGAAAUUCUACAAGUAUAAUGUUUGUUCGAAAUCCUUUUGGACGAUUGUUCUCUGGUUGGCUGGAUAAACUGUACAACCCUAAUUGGGUUUUUUGGCAAUCGUAUGGACCUUCAAUGGGCAGUCCUGCAGUUCAGUCAAAUGUAUCUAAAUGUGGGUAUGACGUUCCAUUUGAAAACUUUGUAAAGUACGUAACUAAAUUAAUCAUGGACGGCUACUGUCUGGAUGGCCAUUUCUCUCCAAACUAUGAUCACUGCAAACCAUGCUUAUUUCAGUUCAACUUUAUCGGCCAUUAUGAAACGUUAAAAGAAGAUACGGAACAUAUUAUUAAUUCUCUUAACCUAAGCAAAGUUGUGACCUUGAACGAUUUCGAAAGUAAUGCGGGCAAGGAUGCUAUAGAAGACGCAGUCGACUGGGUUUUUAAACAUAAAACUGUUCUUCGAAAGUGUAACGUAACGUUCCAUUGUGCUUUGUUUAAAGUGUGGAAUCGACUACAAAGUCGAGGAUUUAUAAGUACAAAAAGUGCAUUUCCGUAUUCCUCCGUCUCAAAAGCAAACCAGACGACCUCAGAAGACUUUAAAAAGCUGUUGUAUGAAUCAAGUUCGCAGAAUUCUAUAGCAGAUAUGAAAGCAAGUCGAGCACGAUCGUUUCACCAAGCAAUAACAAACCUCUCGAAAGAUUUAGUAUCACAAAUUGAAAAAGCGUUUCGAAUUGACUUUGAAAUAUUUGGAUAUGGCAAAGAAGGUUUCGAAGAAGUGUUGGAAUCGAAAUACCCAAAACACGUCUUUUUCAAAGACUGUCAUAUAUAG